AGCGGUACUAACAAUACGCAGCAUUCUUCUUUUCCUCUGGUUCCGUCGUUCCCUUUUUCCCUUGGCUGCCUGACCGGCCACCCGAAAGAUGUUCCGAAUUGGAUUAAAAUUUCCGUGCAACGGUCUAAAUAGGGUCAAAAAGCAUGGAUCUUCCAGAUUGUAUUGGACAACCAGGUGUUUUGAGACACGUGCACGAAUUAAAUAUGACCAGGAAUAUAGGUUUUUCAAGAAUGCCAGGCUUAUGUGUAAAAAGUCAGUGGAUUCACCAAAAAGUGAGAAAGGUGUGAACAAGGCACUGUUAACUCUGACUGCUGUGGCAAUAGGAGCCUCGGGUGUGUGGUUUUAUAUAAAGCGUUCAGAAUUCAGUCCAUCUCUUGAAGAUUGGCAACCUAGCAUAGGCAAGACAAUUCAGGACAUCUUUCAGGAGAAAUCAUCCUUUUUGGAAUUCAUAGGUUCAUUCUAUGAGUCAUUCAAGAAAACGCUAAGUGGAUCUGUAGAUACAGAAAAAAAAACUCAGACAAAAUUAGAAGAAUAUACACCACCAAAGCCAGCUUUUGUACCACUCGUUGAUAAGAAGGAACCACCUAUUAAUGAUCCUUAUACAGAAAUAAGAUUAAGUAAAGAAAAAGGAGAAGAAAUUGAAAUCGUGGCCGAAAAACCUCAGCCACCUGCCAAGGUUGUACCUGAUGAAUUGAUGCCAGAAAACCUGGUUGAGCUAGAAGCAUCUGCCGGCGAAACUGCGUCCAAAGCUAUCGCAGCUUAUCAAAAAGCAGCGUCUGCUAUUCAAGAUUAUAAUCGAGAGGUGAUACAAGUCGUGGAGAGUGUUAAUGCCACUGUUGGUAGCUCUGUCUGGAACAGACUGAAAGAUGCAACAGAAAAGAGGAAGGAGGCCGUUCAAGAAGCAGAAGACCACGCUAAUCAAGCACUUGAUUCACUUAAGAAGAUGUUUAAUUUAAUCGAUGAUCCUAAAUUGAAGGCGCCGUCGCACGUGAAAACAGCUGCUCGAAGAAACAUCAAGAAAAUCUUGGAUGAUGUAUACGACGCGAAGCAAAAGCAUAAGUCAGAAAUAAAAACUGGCAAUAUCACCGAACAUUAUUGGAAACAGGUGAAAACUGCCCGUGAAAAUCUUAACGAAGAACUUCAAAUAUUAUUUCCCGAUAUCAAUAUUCAUGAAAAAAAAUUGGCCAUCGAUGAAGAUACCUUUGACUUAUUCGUCUUACACAUGUACAAUAAAGUGAACAGCUUACAAAAGGAAUUGGAAAAAUUGAGGACUGUCAACAAACGCAAACUCAAGGCAGCGUUAAAAUCAUCGGGUGACGUAAUGACUGAGGAAAGAUUGGACACCCUGGUAUGCCUUGAAUUGGAUAAGGAGAAGCAGAUUCUUCAGGACGAAUUCAGUAAAAAGGUAAGAGAAUUACCUACAUUUAAAAAUCUCCGAUUACUCUUAUAUUCAAAAUAA